AGUCCCAAGGAAUGCUGCUGGACACCGGCGCGCCACAACAGCGACUUGUUUGGGUGUAGCUGUAGGAAGAUACAAUGCGGUUGCUCGUUUGCGAAGUAGGAGGUGAAAACAUCGAGAAUUCUCCUUUUGCAGAUUUGUGAUAAGCGUAGCCUGCGCUUCGUCAGGACCUUGUCCGGAGUCUCCAUGUUUCCCUAUCUGGAUGAAACUGAUCUGAGAAGCUGGGGACAUUCUGUUUGGGCUAAGCAGUUCCAAUAAGCUCUUGGCUGAAAAUUUCAGGUGUGUGUCCAUCAGGAAGCAGAGGUACAGGCUAAAUGGAUCUAAAGACAGCAGUCUUCAACGCAGCUCGUGAUGGCAAGUUGCGGCUCCUUUCCAAGCUACUGGCGAACAAAACAAGGGAAGAGGUGGCCCAACUGAUGUCAGAAAAAACCAAUGGUGCCACACCACUUCUGAUGGCAGCUCGCUAUGGUCACCUCGACAUGGUGGAAUACUUGUUGGACCAUUGCUCUGCCUCUAUAGAGGUUGGUGGCUCGGUGAAUUUUGAUGGUGAAACCAUCGAGGGAGCUCCGCCGUUGUGGGCAGCAUCAGCUGCCGGCCACUUGAAGGUUGUUCAGUGUCUGUUGGAUCAUGGUGCAUCUGUCAACAACACAACACUGACAAAUUCAACUCCUCUUAGAGCUGCCUGUUUUGAUGGUCACCUGGAAAUAGUCAAAUACCUUGUGGAGCACAAAGCAGACCUGGAAGUAUCAAACCGUCAUGGGCAUACGUGCUUGAUGAUCUCAUGUUACAAAGGCCACAAAGAAAUAGCUCAGUAUUUACUUGAAAAAGGAGCUGAUGUGAACAGAAAAAGUGUUAAAGGAAAUACAGCACUACAUGACUGUGCAGAAUCUGGAAGUUUGGAGAUCAUGAAGAUGCUUCUCAAGUAUUGUGCUAAAAUGGAAAAGGAUGGUUACGGAAUGACUCCUCUUCUGUCAGCCAGUGUGACAGGCCACACAAAUAUAGUGGACUUUCUGACCCAGCAUGUACAGACUAGUAAGGCUGAGCGCAUAAAUGCCCUGGAACUUCUAGGAGCAACAUUUGUGGACAAAAAGAGAGAUCUGCUUGGUGCUUUGAAAUACUGGAAAAGAGCUAUGGAAAUGAGAUACAGUGAUAGGACUAAUAUCCUCAGCAAACCUGUGCCACAAACACUAAUUAUGGCUUAUGAUUAUGCUAAAGAGGUAAACAGCUCAGAAGAGCUAGAAAAUCUUAUUGCAGACCCCGAUGAAAUGAGAAUGCAAGCAUUAUUAAUUAGAGAACGCAUUCUUGGCCCUUCACACCCAGACACAUCCUACUAUAUUAGAUACAGAGGUGCUGUGUAUGCAGACUCCGGAAACUUCAAGCGUUGCAUCAAUUUAUGGAAGUAUGCUUUGGACAUGCAGCAGAGCAAUCUUGAUCCGCUAAGCCCUAUGACAGCCAGCAGUUUGCUAUCGUUUGCUGAACUUUUCUCCUUCAUGCUUCAGGAUAGGGCAAAGGGCCUGCUAGGCACUACUGUCACUUUUGAUGAUCUAAUGGGUAUACUGUGCAAAAGCGUUCUUGAAAUAGAACGGGCCAUGAAACAAACCCAGUGUCUUCCUGAUCCAAUACAGCUAAACAAAGCUCUUUCCAUCAUUUUGCAUUUAAUUUGCUUGUUGGAGAAAGUACCUUGCAGCUCAGAACAGGAACAUUUUAAGAAACAAACUAUUUACAAGUUUCUUAAGCUUCAGCCUAGAGGAAAAAAUAACUUCAGUCCACUUCACCUCGCUGUUGACAAUAAUACUACAUGCGUUGGUCGCUAUCCAGUUUGUAAAUUCCCCUCUCUACAAGUAACUGCUGUCCUGGUGGAAUGUGGUGCUGAUGUAAAUGUCAGAGACUCUGAUAACAACAGUCCCUUACACAUUGCUGCACUGAACAACCAUCCAGAUAUCAUGAAUCUUCUUAUCAAGUCAGGUUCACAUUUCGAUGCCACAAACUCAUGUAAACAAACAGCUAGUGAUUUGCUGGAUGAGAAGGAAAUAGCAAAGAAUUUAAUCCAGCCCAUAAAUCAUACUACUUUGCAGUGUCUUGCUGCUCGUGUAAUAGUGAAUCAUAACAUAUCCUAUGCAGGGCAUAUCCCUGAAAAACUAGAGAACUUCGUUUUGCUCCAUAGAUGAUAGUGUGGCAUUCCAGAGUACUGUUUUUGAAGCACGACAUGGUGAUAUUUUCCUUGAGCACUGUUGUGAUACACCAGCGUUCCCUUAGCUUGCUCCAUUUUGCUCUCAUUGGCUAGUGUUGUUAGCAUCAGAUCUGCAGAGUUGGUUACCCAGUAUUUCAUAUGAAUAUGCCAUAUAAUAUAUUUUGUGGAUUAUUUAGAAAUGUAAUGCCAUAUUUAGACUUUAAAUUGUUUGCCAAAGGUUUGUCUUUUCUGGUCUUAUUUGCCUGUUGGGUGUUUGGACUGAGUUGAGUAUUUUCCACUGAUGUCUUUUUACUGUAACUGUUAACGUGGAUUUUAUACAGUUGGAAGGUCAUCUUUUUUUGAUUUUGCUUGAGCGUUCCUGCUCCUACUCUCUUCUUUUUCUAUGGACUCAUUGCUAAACUGUGCAAGUUGUAUGGACUUCUUAACAUGUGCAACUACCAUAAGUGCUUUUAUCUUCUCUAUGCACUGGCUUAAACAUGACUGUUGUGUGUGAGCAUAUUUCUAUGCAGCACUUGGCCAAUUUCAACUUAAAUGCCAAUCUUGUUUUGCAGUUUGUUUAGAGCUCUCUUUGAGAAUGCUGUCUUCAUAGCAUGAUGAAUUUUUGAGUUAUUUAUCAGCUCUCCAAACUUGGGUUGACUUUUUUGACUGUUGUAACAGCGGUUGCUUUCAUUUGAUCCUCUGGAAUUUUUUCCUAAACUGGGGAGAAGAAAAUAUUGCUCUUUUCUAAUUGUAGUCCACUUGAACUUUAAAUCUGAAAAUUGUUCUGUUGCAUCAUGCAGCUGGGGGAAGAGUCCUCAUGAUGUACAACUGACACCUUCCCCUCUGCACUAACAUCUUGCUUGUGCUAGUUAUGUGACUAGAUGUGAAGUUUGCUCAAAGCUUAACCUCAGACCUUAAUAAUACACUUCUAUGAGAAAUAGAUCAAAUAUAUGCUCUGCUUUAAAAUCUGCAAAUCAGCUUUAGCUACAUAAGAAAACUAAAGCAUGUUGAUGGCAUGAUGUUUAUCAGUCCAGAUCUAGACAUCAUAUAGUAUCAUAAGUGGCUGUCUGCCGGGGUAUUGAAAGUUCUAUAGCAGUGUCCUUUUUUUCUUCAUAUCUUUAUAAAUACUUGCAUGGAUUUUUCAUCUCUACUAUGUCAGUUAUACUUAACAAAAGCAGAAGUUCUGUUGUGUAUAUAGCUCCUAUUGAAGUACCUAUUUUUUAUAAUAUUUGCACAACAGCUUAGCUUUUGCAACAGAAAGGGCUCUUUUGACUUGAUAAGAAGUCUAUAAAUGGAGAUCAUAAAUGUGAGUGCGAUUCAGGUAAUUAAUAUAAUUCAGCACUUUACUGUUGAUUAAUAGUAGGAUUUAAUAUGGCACAUUAGCCCUACAAAUGUCUUAAAGUGAAAUUAAUUUCUGUUGGAUAGGAUACAGUUUACUUGCAAAUUUAGUCAUCUAGCGUUUUGGGUAUUUUUGGCUUAAUGUUUCAUCUCAGUUGUGGGCAGUAAGUGUACCUAUGGGGUUCUUGCUCUAGAAAUCCAACAACUGGUUUUAUACCUUUGUCAGAGAUAAGACAUAUUUAGACUCCAGAUUGGUUAGGUUAGGAGGGUCUUUGUAAGACUUUAAUUUUUAAGUUGAUGUUAGAAUACUUUUGUCAUUUGUGGUUGAACUUGAAGAAGAACAUAUCUUGGGAGCACAUAAGAAUAGCCCUUCCUUGUUUUUGUUCUGUUUUGGCAUUCCUGCCAGUGUAUGGCAGUGUACAGGUGCCUACUAGCUUAGCCAUUUUUGCAAAAAUUAUGGGGAUGUUUUUAAGCAAAGAUAUGUUGAAAGCAGUGCUGUUUGUGUAUUGUCACUACCAGACUUGCUGUUUUGAAGCAAUUUUCUCUGGUUUGUCCCUUACCGUGUCUAUGUUGUAUACUAUUAUGAGAAUCAUAGAAUCAUUUAGGUUGGAAAAGAUCCUUAAGAUCAUUGAGUCCAACCCUUAACCCAGCACUGCCAGGUCCAGCACUAAACCAUGUCCUUAAGUGCCACAUCUACCCAUGUUUCAAAUACCUCCAGCCAUGGUGACUCAACUGCUUCCUUUGGGUAGCCUGUUACAUUGGUUAACUGCUCUUUCCAUUAAGAAGUUUUUCCUAGUAUCUACUCUGUACCUCCCCUUAUUCAACUUGAGGCCAUUUCUCCUUGUUGUAUCACUUGUUACUUGGGAGAAGAGGCCAACCCCUGCCUUGUGAAGUAAUUGUAGAUAGUCCUACGUUCUCCACUGAGCCUCCUUCUUUCCAGGCUGAAUAACCCCAGCUCCCUCAGCUGCUCCUCAUCAGACAUGUGAUCCAAACCCUUCCCCAGCUCCACUGCCCUUCCCUGGACAUGCUGUGGCACCUCGAUAUCUUUCAUGUAAUGUGAGACCCAAAACUGAACAAGCACUUGAGGCAUGGCUUCACUGGUGCCCAGUACGGGGGACAAUCACUGCCCUGAUCCUGCUGGCCACACUAUUGCUGAUACAGGCCAGGAUGCAGGUUUCUCUAGCAUCGCAUGAGACUAAACUCUAGUCAACUGACUGAAUUGCUGUGAUUUGUAAUGCUUAGGACACGUGCCACUCAGCUUUUCAUUUGUGAGGACAUGUAGUUUGGUUUUUGAAUUUAUACAUUUUAAUGCUUUUUUGCUGCUCUGUAGGUGGGGAUAAUCAGCAAAUGAUACCAUGCUAGAAUUAUACUUCAAGUCAUAAAAGUAAUUAUUUUUGUAUAGGUCAUAGAGAAAAGGAUUUUUAGAGUUUUUUACUUUGGAAUCUGUCCUGCUUUUUUGUAGUUUUAGUUUAAAUUUCUAUCAUUAUAACUGUCAGUUGCCCUGUGUAAAAUUAGUUGCUUGGUUGUUCAGCCUGAGAAAGAGAAGGCUACAGGGAGACCUUAUAUAGGACCUUCCAGGACCUAAAGAAGGCUACAAAAGAGCUGAAGGGAGACUUUUUACAAUGUCAUGGGGUGAAAGUACAAG